UCUGUUGUCUGAGUUGCUCUUUGGUUCAUUUCUUUAUUUAAUCAUCUUCUGUUUCUCUCUCUCUACCUCUCUUUCUGUUCCGUCUCCCUUUUCCUCUCUUUUUCUUCUUUUCUUUCUUUUUUUCUUUCUGCAUUUUGUGACCUUUCAUUAUCUGUUCUCACAUUUAUCCUUUCAUCUCAUUACUCUUUUUCUUUUCUUUUCCCUUUCUUUUCAUUUAAUGUUCGGAGUAUCCAUUUCAUAUAUGAUUACUGGUGACACUUUUGCAACAGUACACACACACACACACACACACACACACACACACACACACACACACAUAGAGCAGAGCACCAAAACCACUAAUACCUUCAUCACUACCACCAUCACCACCACCGUCGCCACCGCUGCAACCUCCGCCGCCGCCGCCGCCGCCGCCGUUCAGGGUGCGAGGGAGGUGGGGCGGCAGUCAGUGCGCGGAAGGCGUUGUAGACAGACGCGAGUGGCAGUGGUGCGGCGGGAACUCUACGCCUACGCCAGUCGUCGUUAGCGAGAGUAAUUCAUGUGUUUCAGGAAAAUUGAAGGUGUGAGCGAGUGAUCGAUUUACUAGCAGGCGCGGCAAGACGGCAGUGGUGACCCAGGAAUGUUGUGAGGCGUGCACGGCCUUGCGCCCCGCGAGUGUUGGUGAGCGUGUGGCGCCGCGUCAGGAGAGCCGGCGGUGCGUGAGGCGGCCAGCAGCGAGAGUGAGCCGGGAUAGACGAGGGUGGUGGUGAGGGGACCGUCUUAUCAGACUGUCUGCCUCACGCCCUUCUGCCCUCACCAUGGCGACCCCGGGGGAGGAAAGGGAGGGCGCCGCCUGCCUCCCUACCCUUUGUCCUCAGCCCGGGGAGCUGCUGUCUUCCUGCCCCCCACUUGGUCGGGGCCACCUCUCCGUGCUCGCCGAGACGGUGCAGACCCAGAUGCAGACCCAGACCCACUCCAUGACCAGCACCCUCAACUACCAGUCAUCCUCCUCCUCCUGCUCCUCCACCUCCGCCUCCUUCUCCCACGUGCAGGAGCCGGUCAGCAUCCUGGGCAAGGGGCGCCACUACUCCGCCUCGGGCUCCUCCUCCUGCUCCUCGGCAAGCCCCAGACACACCGUCAAGUUCUCAGAGCCGCAGGAGGCGUUGCGGCGCACGCCGGAGAGCCCGCGCUGGAAGACGCAGCAGACCCAGGAGAAGCUCAAGUACCAGGAGACUUUCAAGUAUAAGCUGCACGAGGCGGCGGCGUCCAGCACGCACCGUGGCACGGGCCACGGCAUCACCAGCAUCCCCGAGGCCUCCGCCACCUUCGAAAGCUCCAACUUCAGGUUCACGGAGUCCUCCAAGCUGGUGGGCACGUCCUUCCGCUGCCCCGACAGCCCGCGCUCCAAGACGCGCACCAGGACGCCGGACCGCAACUCCAUCAUCGCCUCCAUGGAGCUCAAGGUGCCGUCCUUCCACGACCUGAGCUCCUCGCCGGCAGGGAGCAGCGGUUCCGGCCUGUCGCCGCUGCUGGGGCCUCCGGAGCGCCGCGGCCUCACCAUCCUGUCCCCGCACAACCCCACGCCGGAGCUGCACUUCUCCUCCACCUUCACCGUAAGGACGCGCAAGGGCAAGACCAUCGUGCUGCCCAAGCUAAGGAUCCCCGCCUUCCACUCCCACUCCCACGACAGCAUCUUCCUCGGUUCCUCAUCAUCUCUGGACCAACAACAACAAAAUAAGUGAGCAUUCCCUCCGUCCAGUUGACUGUAUUUGUCAUUCCACUCGUCUCUCCCCCCUCACCCCCCCCCUCUUCAUUCCCCUUUCUCCCUCCCUCCCUCCCUCUUCGUCUUAUUAUUAUGAUUAUUGUUGUUGUUAUUAGCAAUGUGGCGACGGGUGCACCGCUGAGGAGUGAGUUAUGUAAGUCAGUAUAUAUUCUCUCUCUCUCUCUCUCUCUCUCUCUCUCUCUCUCUCUCUCUCUCUCUCUCAAGAUUACGGUAAUUAAGAUGGUGUGUGUGUGUGUGUGUGUGUGUGUGUGUGUGUGUGUGUGUGUGUGGAGGGGGAGGGAUCUGUAUGCGCGCCGUGUCCCAACAGUCUUAUCAGUCCCUCCAUGAAAUGCAUCUGAAAUUAAUAUCUUGUUUCGCUGAUAAUGAGGUUAACUAGACGAGCCAAUAUUACACUGAGAAGGGGAUCUCUGUGUUGGCUUAUCUGAGUGUGUGUGUGUGUGUGUGUGUGUGUGUGUGUGUGUGUGUGUGUGUGUGUGUGUGUGUGUGUGUGCGUGCGUGUGGUGUGGAAGUUACGUACAUGGCCCGUAUUUAGAAAGGCAUUGCUCUGUCUUUCUCUUUUACUAUUAUUUUCAAAGGCCACAGAGAUGAUUAGCCGGAUUCCCAAGACUGUUUCUCCUGUUACUAAUGUAGAAAUCUUGUUAAUCUGUCACAAAAAUCAUGAAAAUAAUCUUAGAAUCCCGAAUAACUUCACCACAGACGGGUUUUCAAGACUGUUUAUCGUGAUGAUGUAGAAAUAUUGUUAAUCUGUCCCUACAAUCGUAAAAACAUCCUUCAAAACACGUGGAACUUUAUCUAGAGCCUUUUGAAUGUAGAGUAGGUGCUGCUCAGAGGUGUUUCAGAGUGUGGUUCUGUAUGAGAGGGAGGGAAUGUUACAGUUUGGUCUCUCAGCUGAGUCAUCCAGAGAAAACAGUGCAUCUUGGGGUGCUUUUCAUGGGACGCUUCGUUAUUCUGUUUUGUGUUCCGAAGGUGACUGUUAUUGUGUUGUUUUGGUGAAAAUAUUUUGUAAGAUGCUUUAUUUAUUUAUUUAUUUUUUGUUCUUGUACUACUACUACUACUACUACUACUACUACUACUACUACUACUACUACUACUACUACUACUA